GCUUCUCGGCGUUGUGCACUCUGCUUGUAGCUGUACAGAGAGCAACUGGACACUUGCCCUCUCGAUUUCAGUGCACAAUCGCUUCAUCGAAAGGUGGACCGAGGUGAUAGAAGGAGCCAAUUUUCACCGGUAUUCAUUUGGCAGCUUUAAACCCUUUUGGUACAAGUUCUGAAGUGGUACCAAAAGCAAAAAGAAAUAUCCACGGCUGAAAAAUCAAGAAGUCCAAAAUCUUUACAAAAGAUUGAUGGCAAGUCUGAAGAAUUCGCACUCGGACACACUUCCUCUUGUUCUUUCCUGCACCCACAUUUCGUACGAAGUACGUACUUCAAGCUUGUCCGAACCGUUUGCCCGUUGGGCAAAUUCAUGCCCAAAGAAUCCGUGACUGCGCCUUUUCAGCUGAUGCUUGUCCGAACCGUUUGCCCUUCGGCAAAUUCACGACACAUCUUGGCCUGGUUGGUUGGUUUGGAUUCACGACACGGGGCAACGAUGGUUUGUGGCUACGGGUGACAAGGCAACGUUUGGCUACUUUGCCACCAUCUUCUCCCAAAAGCCACCAUGACGGACUUGAUUGAGCAACAACCCCAGCAAGAAACCACGGUUGAUCCGCUUGGCAUGGAUACCGAUGACCUCUUCGGGUUGGGGUUGAUCCUUGGGGAUAACAGCGAUGCAUCCAUGGCAUCCAGUGGCGAACCCAAAGUCUACUUGGAAGAUCACCAUGUCGUCCUCAAAGCGCAUUCCAAACCCACCGAAGCCACAAAGAUAUUUAAAGAAAAGGUUAGGUUUGUCUGCGGCAGGAACGAGCUGAAGGACGAUGUGAUUGAGUCUAUCAAAGCCCUCCAAGAUGCCUAUUAUGCCUGUCGAAACAGCGGCGCGGUCAAGAAAACCAGCUUUUGGGUGAGUGUGGACAAGGCCCAACACGAAGGCAAGUUCGAGGAAUGGACAAUCGCAAACGCGCGAGAAGAUAUCAGGUACAUCAAAGCUCCACAAGGCAAGAAAGGCAAGGAGGUAGCCGUUGUUCAGGCGAACAACAAUUGUUUGCGCGAUGAAAUCAAGAACAACGGUGGCAGAUCCACAGAAUCCAGGAGGAAGCGAGCCAAGCCUGAUCAGGUGGUUGUAUUGGAGGAGGAGCCAGAAAGAUCCGCACCUCCAAUGCCAGUUCCGUCUCUUUCCGUGGCGGUGCAACCCAAAUUUGCUCUCCAAGGACUGGAGGGGCUGCAGGGACACGCCAUGAAUGUGUGUGAGGCGUGGAUCAACGAGAGCAAGGAUUGGGCAGAGCGAGUGGUCAAGCGGUGUCUUGUGGAUAAGUUUGAAGAAGAUGUGAAGGAGUAUGACACCUUUCUCAAGCAAAACCCAGUCCCAAUGACAAACCAAAUGGAUGAAGACUAUAACAGGCAUCGCCAGGAGACUCACAACAGCCUUCUCGUUGAUAUCUUGAACCGUUUGGGAAACCGAAUGGUGGAAUGGUACGACGAGAACUACCGUGCUAGGACAUCUCGAGCUUCUGCGUCGCAGAGGAGCACCAACCAAGGCCCGAAUGGAGAUGGCCAUGACCGCAAGCCUCAUCUCGGAGGAGGACCAAACGGAAGUGCUGGCGGUGGUGGAGGCGGGGCCGAUUUCCCUCCCUUCAGAAGCGAUUUUGCUUGUCGUGGCUGCUCUGGUGGGCCGGGAGAUGAGAACUCCCACAUGGAUGACAGCUACGAGGAUUCCGAUAGUGAUUGGGAUUCGAGUUCCAAUUUCACAGACUGGGAUGACGACGAAGAGGAGGAAGACCUCACCAGUGUCACGUCCUUGACUUGUGAUGGUUCUCUGGAGCUAGCGGUUUCUGGGCUGGAGAUUUUGGUCCGGCCAGAGAAUGACGCAGAACAAGCACUACAAAUUGAAUGUACGGUGGAUGCGAAGGAUUUGCAACUCUUGCAGUUGGACGACUUCAACGUGCCGAUUGCGCAGCAUGUGGUGGAGCUUGGUCCUCAUGUGUACGACGAUCACCCCUACGCAUACUACGAUUUGUUCAGUGGCGUCAUUUCUAUCGAAUCGUCCGAUGCUAGUCUGGACUCGUCAGCCCAUGAUGUACCGGUAGCCUCGCCUCAUUCGCUUGCUUCCAACGACGGGAAUGGGCUUCAAGCCUACAUGGAUGCCGAUGCCACCGAAGCGAGCGAGAGCAUCGCGUACAAGGCUAGUCCUUUCGAGCAACUCGCGCUUGCAACGGCAGAGAACCCUAGUGAUGACGAUCUAACGGAGAAAGAUGCAGAGGCCCUGAUAUCGUCCGUGUCCGGUUCAGAUCCCAUCGUGGGAAGCGUGUGCCAUCUCCGCAACGACUCUUGUUCGGGGAGUGCACAACAUGAAGCAGCAAAGACACCGUUUGUUUCCGAGGCCGAGAGUGGGUAUCAGAAGAAGCUCACCAAACAAUGUAUUCAUCACUGUGACAGCACGGAAAUCAAGAUUCCAGAACGACUGGUGGAGUUUGGUGAUGAUCGCAUCUUUUGGCAAAGACAAGACAUGAAGACGUCAAAGAACGAUGUCGACGAGACAGCCCGUGCCCCUCCAAAGCGAACGAGCAGCAGGCUGAGCUCGUUCCAGAUUCGCUUAAAGAGCCUCGGGCGCAUGGGCUGUUGGCUGGAUAAGACGUACGCUGGCAAAUCCUCGUGCUCUUUGCAUCCGCGACGCCGACAAUCCCUUUUUGUGGAUCCACAAUUCCGUCUGGAUUCCGACGAUGAAACGGAGGGCACAGAUGUCGAGGAUCUCUUAUCGCUUGACCACGAAAUCAAAUCCUAAACAGAUACACAAAUGCUACGUAGAAAUACAUUGGUUGCCCAGCGUGAGU